AUGGAGAAUAGCGCAGUGCAUUCCCAGAGAAGCCUUUCGUCAAUCAGCACAUUAAACCAGCCACUUGAUUCCUACAGUAUUGCUGGAAGCACUAGCAACCCUCCUGAACUUGUUAACCGUGGUCUUCUUCUCUGGAACCAAACAAGGCAGCAAUGGUUUGGAAAUAAAAAGCCUCAGAACAAGACGCAAGUUCGAGAGCCCACGAUAAGUUGGAAUGCCACUUAUGAGAGUUUACUUGGGAGUAACAAGCCUUUUUCUCGACCUAUCCCACUUGCCGAAAUGGUGGAUUUUCUAGUUGAUGUAUGGGAACAGGAAGGCUUGUAUGACUGA